AUGACCGAUCAGGGCUCUGACCCGGCCUUGUUCGCUGGCCUCGACGACUCCAGCGUUCAGGCCGCCGUUAAUGUCAAUCUCACCGACGACUACGGCACUCGCAGCAGCAGCGUCAAUCCCACCCUCGACUCUGCCUCUGCCUCAGGACGCCGUGCUCAGAGGACGUCCGCCUCUGUCCCAAAGAACGAGUCGCUGUCUCCUACCAAUGACGGCCUCCUAGACACUUCCCAGAACUUUUUCUCACCUGACUCCAAUUGGGGGCUCCCUCAGUCGACACCCCCAUAUGACUCUCAGGAGACUGUGAACCCCUUUGAGUCUCUUAACUUCUUCCCUACCUGGAACGUGCCCAACGCGUCUUUCCCCGAGCAGGCUCUCAACUUCCGACCCUACGUCCAGCAACAACAGCAGCAGCAGCAGCAACAGCAACAGCGGGUUCAGUCGGCCCAUCCAUCUCAAAGCCCGGUGGACCUCAACCAGGCCUCCCUCUAUGCUGGGUUGUCGAGCAACUCAUCUGCAAUUUCUCCGUCGAGCGAGAACCUAAUUCGUCCGAUCGCAACUCCCGGCCUCAUGAACUCUUUGACUCCUGCUCAACAGGAGAAGCUGAAGAGCAUUGCCAUGCCGGCCCAUCUCCAGUAUCACUCGCCGAAGAGCGAGCCGAGCCCACAGUCAAGCGAGGGUAAGCAUGGCGGGCCUGUGUCGCCCGACGGCGCGGACAUGUCCAAAGCCAGCAGCCGAAAGCGCAAGUCCUCCGCCGAUGACGAGGAUGAUGACGACGACGACGAUGAAGAUCAGCCCGUGAAGAAGACCGCCCAUAACAUGAUCGAGAAAAGGUAUCGGACAAAUCUUAACGACAAGAUCGCCGCCUUGCGUGACAGCGUUCCAAGUCUACGUAUUAUGUCCAAGAGUGCAAGAGGAGAAGACACCACGGAGGAUAGAGAAGAAUUACACGGCUUGACUCCUGCGCACAAAUUGAACAAAGCUACUGUCCUGAGCAAAGCGACGGAAUAUAUCAGACAUUUGGAAAAGCGAAAUAACCGUCUUUUGGACGAGAACAGCACCAUGCAGCAGAGAAUCUCCGCAUUCGAAAAGCUUUUCAUGGCUGGUGCGAUGAAUGGCGCGAUGAGCCCCAUGCAGCAACCGCCGACGCCGAUGCAAUAUCCCCAAGACGCGUCCCAAUUCAUGGGAACUCCGAUUGGCACUCCAAGAGGUCCGGAUCCGCAGGGAAUGAUCCAGGUUCCGGAUGAUAUGAAACGCAUCAUUAGUGCACAGAUGGCAGCUGGACGACCAUAUCCAGUCCCCCCUCAACAGUUCCAGCAAAACCCAGCCUUGCUUAGACAACAACAAAUACAGCAGCAGCAACAGAUGCAAGCAAAUCGCUGGCAGAACGCUGGGCCCUACUUCGGCAAGCUGAUGGUGGGGUCUCUAGCUGGUCUCAUGAUUAUCGAGGCUGUGCGGGAAAACGAAGUGAGCAACGAAUCACCCGAGGGACGUGGAUUGUUCGCCCUGCCCCUGCAUUUACUGGGCUCUCUGGCUUCUGCAAGCCAUUUCAGUGUCGCUGGCUAUCAAUUCUCGAUGGUCCAGACCAUUGCCACACUAAAGAUGCUCCUUCUCUUUGGAGCCUUGUUGUGGGCCUUUGUACCCUCAAUCUUCACACCCAGGCCACCAAAGUCUCAGAAACCUCAACAAAUUAAUGCCUCGCUUCAGGAAGUGCCAUCCUUGGCCUCUCCCAUCCAUGUCAGGAGACAAGCCUGGCUCACCGCAAUUCAGACUGUCUGGGUUCCGCAUCACAACUUCUUCCUGGAGGCCGCUGCACUGAUCCUCAAGACGAUGAAGCUCAGUCUAAGAAACACGAUAGGCAUGCACGGUUACCAAGCUCUCACUGGCCUAACUGAAGAGCAGGAAACUGCUAGAGUGAAGGCAUGGACAAUUGCUCUGGACGCGCAGCUGGCUGGUGGUGAUGUUGAGAUAAACAAGAGCAGACUUACUUUGACAUUGCUGGCAUCAGGAACAUUGCCCGACACACCGCAGCGACUGAUGCUCAAAGCUCUUCACAUCCGAGUUCUACUAUGGCAAUUAGGCAAGCAUGGUGUGCAUAACAUGCUUGCCGCCAAGCUUGCGAGGAAGAAGUGGAGCGAUGCUAGAUAUCUCAAUCGGAUGCUGAAUCAGCUGCGCCAAGGAGAGAAGUCAGCUGACGACGAGCUCCCAGAUCAUCUCGCUAUGCUUCUCGAGCAAGAUUGCGAUGAUGUUCUCAACGGUGACAUCGUUCAGCGAGCUAACAACCUAGCCUGGAACCGACCAACAACUCACGAAGUCGUCGUGGAUGUGGAUGGGAUGAAUGCUGUUGUGGAGGACCCCGCCGUGAGGUCACCAAUGGAUGCUGUCGCUGCAUGGUGGUCUAGCCUCACCCUUCAACGUGUACUAUCGACCUGCCUGGUAGAAAAGGAGAAGACCGAUGAGCUGGCAGCUCUUAUUGACGAGGAGCUUAAUCUCGCCAUCAAGGUCGCUCCAAUUGGCUCAAGCGCUCAGGUGCGCGCACUGGUUGCCAAGGCAGUGUUGGUCGACGGCAAGCGUGGUGCCAAUAUUGCUCUAGCUCUCCAGGCCCUAGAACCAAGCGCGAACCCCGACAAACACCCGCUUUACAGCAGAGGCGUCCCGCCGCUGAUCGAUUCUCCUAUUUCAUCCAUCCUCCCCGAUGCCGAUGUGCAGAUGGCCCUGCGCUGCGCAAUGGCCAUUGCCCAUCUCCAACGCUUCGAGGUACCCCCACCGAGUGCUCUGUCUAUUAUCAAGGGAAUCUUACCAGGUGCACCUGAUGGUAUGACCCUGCUAGGUUGCACCGCUGCUGUCCAUCUCAUGGAUCGUCUCCAUGGCCACCCAGUUGCCGCCGAGUCAUGCGCAAAGUCACUUGAGAGGCUGGCAGGCACGCUAAGGAUAUGGGUCGGUAGCCCCGAGGGAGAUAGACCUGGUUUGGACCAAGAGAUCCGCCGUAAGGUAGUUGAGCGAUGUUUGAGCAUCACCAAGAGCGUGGUUGGCAUGGAAGAGGACCUAGGGUAUGGUACCAUGAGCGAAUGCGACAGCGAAGAGGGUAGCUGCUGA